CACGCUCCGCCGGAAAAACGGCGAAAAACCGACUCCGGCACAAAGGAAAAGGUGCAUUUUCCGUCCGGCCGUCGGACGGGUGCCGAUGGAAGCGGCCGUUCGAUGCGUGCACGUCUAAAUUUAAUGAAAACUCCGCCAAGGUCACCGCGGGACCAUAUGUCAUCCCGUGACGUCACGCCAAACAUGGCAGCCCACGGAAUGGACGAAACUUGACGUUUUUUUUUUACACUUUUAUAUACGCCGUUUUCGAAACGCCCCGACCGCAAGAGAGACCCAAACGAGUGUGCGACGUUUGCUGCGUUCACCACACACACACACACGGACAGACAACAGAGGAGUAUUAUGCUUAAUUGACCAUCCCCUUCGAGAGCCUUAAACCCAACCCCAAGAUGCCAGUACUGUCGCCGCACAGGAGCUCGUCGGGAAGCCUGAGCGGCUCCUACAGGCCCUCCUAUGGGUCCGUGAUCGAAAGGCCGAUUUACUCGUCGUCCUACUCGUCGCCCAGAGUCAAAAGUUAUAGUGAAAGGUACACAUCCAGGUCCUACACUGAUGUGGAUGGCAGGAGGGUGUUUUCUAGAUCCGGCAGCAUAACCGAGGACGGCAUCACCACCAGAUUCAGGGAGGAGCACCGCGAGAGUAGCGCGCCCCGUGACUCCUACACCAGGGACUACGUGCGCGACGGUUCGAUCGACUAUCCGAGACGGGACAGUUCGCUGUCCCGCGACCGAUUGUCUUCGAUCAACGUCAUCGAUUCGGUUGCCGAGCUGCGGAACAAAUACUCGCCCGCCAACUAUGUGCCGGCGAUACUUAGGAAGAACGACAACAUCUCGAGGUCCAAGUCGAUAAACGAUAUCGGUUUGCCACCGUUGGACGCGAAGCCGCCCAAAAAAAAGGUAACGCAACGGGACGGUGUGUUGCUUGACGGUGUGCCCGAUACUAACACGACUAACGAUAACAACCGGCAGGAGGACGACAACGGUAACAGGGCCUCGGUGGCCGACCUGCGCAGGAAGUUCACCGACAAAAACGAACGGAAGUCGGCCAGUCCGCCGGUCGAGGUGGUGCCCACCACCAAGAUAUCGGAGAACCGCUUUAAAAAGCAGGACGAUCUUAAGGCGCCCGCCAAGAGGGUUGUGAAAAAGGUGAACGGCGUCAAGAAGGAGGAGAAGGAGGUGAGGAACGGGGAGGCGAAGAUCGAUGAGGAGGAGGAGGAGGUGAAGGCGGCGUCGCGUGUCAAUAACUUCGCGUCCUACAUCCCGUCCAAGGAUUACCAGAAGGUGGAGGAGAACGGGGUCGACGUAACGACGGAUGAAACGCUGGAAAACGGAUCGAAAAACGAUCUCUCGUCACAGUCGUCGUCGUCGAAGUUGAGCGCCGCUCGCUCGACGGCAUCGCCGCCCUCCGGCGCCCCAUCCGCCCUGUCGUCGACGACGUCGCGCCGUUCGUUGGAGCGCGCGACCGCCGGCCGACGGCCGAUCGUCGAUUGCGCGAGCGACGACGACGAUGACGCCCCGGAACGCGGCUACUCGACCGCCGCCUCGACGAUGCGACAGUCGCCGCAGCGCACGCUCGGCCUGAACGGCCUCAAGAACAUCGGCAACACCUGUUUCAUGAACUCGGUGAUCCAGUGUCUGAGCAACACGCGACAGCUGAGCGAGUACGUCAGGAGGGACGACUACGUCAAGGAUAUCAACACGAGCAUAUCCAGCAUGAAGGGGGCGCUCAUCAGAGCGUUUUCCCACGUGAUCAAGGAACUGUGGUCGGAAGACGGUUCGGACAGGGUGGUGAACACAGUCGCGCUCAAGAACCAGAUCCAGCGUUUCGCCCCCCGUUUCAUGGGCUACGCGCAGCAGGACGCGCAGGAGUUCCUCCGCUACCUGCUGGAGGGUCUGCACGAGGACGUGAACCGCGUCAUCGAGAAACCGAAACCGAUUCUGACCGAAAUCGACGAGAAACUGAGUGAUGCCGAGAAGAGCAGCGAGGCCUGGAACCGCUACCUGAGGAUGGACAACAGCAGGAUUUUGGAUUUGUUUGUCGGCCAACUUAAGUCGACGCUUAAAUGCACCCACUGCGGACACUGUUCCGUCACCUUCGACCCGUUUUGGGACCUGUCAUUACCGAUACCGACCCGCACCGGACAGCUGAGAUUGAGCCAGUGCUUGGACUCGUUCACCCGGGAAGAGACGCUUGACGGCGACGAAAAACCCACCUGUUCAAAGUGCAAGGAAAGGAGGAAGUGCACUAAAUCGUUCACCAUCCAGAAGUUCCCCAAGAUCUUAGUUAUACAUUUAAAGAGGUUCUCGCCGACAGAACGUUUCAGAGGCAAACUGAGCGUGACCGUGGACUUCCCCCUGGAAGGACUGGACAUGAGCAACUACGCGGCCGACAGUAGCAGCGGUUCGGCGUGCCGGUACAACCUGUACGCCGUGUCGAACCACAGCGGUACCACGUACAGCGGCCACUACACCGCCUACUGUCGCCAUCCUUACAACCACUCGUGGUACGAGUACAACGACUCCAGAGUGUCUUCGACCUCGCCGCGGUCCAUCGUGUCCGGGGAGGCGUACGUGCUGUUCUACGAGCAGGAGGGCCAGAAGUCGCACCUGUGAGAUCCGGCCGACCGAUCCCGGAGUGAAAAACUAUUAUUUAUUUAUUUCAAAACCACUUUCUAUCCCCCCACUCUCAGUAAUUUUAUUAUGAUUUUUUUUACUUUAUACAAAUUGCCAUUCGAUCUAGCGCCGUUAACCACCACCAAUCAUUACUUCUUUUAAAUCCAUACAGACACGGCUACCUUAUGUACGAAAUUUACUUAUAUAUUUUUUAUUAAUAUAAACCCGCAACAUUUUUC